AUGGCAUUAACUUCAGAGACUCCCCCAGGAUUUUGGCGUCUAAGCGUCAGCCUUUCUCAGCUUUCGAAUAAACUCCCCCAGUUUCUGUGCUGUGGUUGUUCUGGUGUAUAUUCCUUCCAAAUCACUAGUGUACCAUUGUCUUGUUUCCCUCUUCAAGAAACAUGCCCCACUAGUAUAUCCCUUCCAAAGUCUUUUAUCCUAAGCGUUCCGUGUGAUAGCUCUCUCCUACCAUCACCAUACUCCACUUGGUUUUCUUUCUAA